CCCAUCAGUGCCUGCUGCGGUCUUCAGAUUCCAACAGCGACUUUUCGUCCAAAGUCUCAUCGCCAUUUUCCUUGGGUUUUAAUGCCUCGAAGAUUCACCAACUGGCUUCCGCUUUCUUCUUUCAGAAUUGCCCUGUGACUCUCCUCCGCAAGGUAUCUAUCUUUGGCUCUUCCUCUGAUCAAGAACUAGUACUGAAGAUGUACCUGGUACAAGAUAAAGGAGGUGCUAUUGCACUUAUGUUGGCUGCCCUUUUAUUCUUGGGCACCUGGCCUGCUGUUCUGACUCUUUUAGAGCGGAGGGGUCGUCUUCCUCAACACACUUACCUUGACUACUCCAUAACCAAUCUCCUGGCUGCUGUGAUCAUAGCCCUAACACUUGGCCAGAUUGGUGACAGCACACCUGAGAUGCCAAAUUUCAUUACCCAGCUUGGUCAGGAUAACUGGCCUUCAACCUUGUUCGCAAUGGCAGGUGGAAUUGUUCUAAGUCUUGGGAAUUUAUCAACACAGUAUGCAUGGGCAUAUGUUGGUCUUUCAGUAACAGAAGUUAUAAGUUCAAGUAUAACCGUAGUUAUUGGUAAAUACCUCAUGCCAUCUAAAGGAACUACAUUGAACUAUUUUCUUGAUGAUCGUAUUAACAGAGCUGAGAUUCUUUUCCCUGGAGCUGCUUGCUUUCUUGUUGCGGUUUGUCUAGGAUCUGCAGUUCACUCUUCAAAUGCUGCAGACAACACAAAGAAACUUAGUGGCUCAUCAAGUAACUCCACGUCCCAAACUUGCAAUUCUAGGGAUCAAGAAGUCAGCAAGAAUUUACCAGACAAAGAUGAACCCAGGGACUUGGAAGAUGGAGGUUUGGUUUCUGGCUCUAAUAUCAAUAGUGAGAAAGCAAAAGUUGGAACUGCAGAAUUCCUUAUACAGCUUGAGAACAAAAGAUCUAUUAAGGUGAUAGGGUCUAAUACAUUUCUAGGUCUCAGCAUCGUAUUCUUUGCUGGCAUUUGCUUCUCACUCUUCUCUCCAGCAUUCAACUUGGCCACCAAUGAUCAAUGGCACACAUUAAACCAAGGUGUGCCACACCUUGUGGUCUACACAGCAUUCUUCUACUUCUCCAGCUCCUGUUUCAUUGUUGGGAUCGGUCUGAACAUCUACUUUCUAUACAAGCCGGUACUCGGUCUUCCGAGAUCAUCAUUCACUGCUUAUCUCAAGGAUUGGAAGGGCAGGCACUGGGCUCUGCUGGCUGGAUUGCUAUGUGGUUUCGGAAAUGGCUUUCAAUUUAUGGGUGGGCAAGCUGCUGGAUAUGCUGCAGCUGAUUCUGUUCAGGCAUUGCCACUUGUAAGCACAUUCUGGGGCAUUGUCCUUUUCGGAGAAUAUCGAAGGUCUUCGAGGAGGACAUAUGUGUUGCUUGUGAGCAUGCUCUUUAUGUUCGUCGUUGCUGUGGGUGUUCUGAUGGCUUCAUCUGGGCACAGAAAAAGUUGAUGCAAAUUUGCAAAGGACAACAUCUAAUUCUCUUUGAUGAGGUCGUUUUGGUAUCUCCUUAACUCAUCAAGAACUGCUCUUCAUGUGUAGAUUGGCACACUCUCCAUUCCAUAAGGUUUACAGUGGAAAGUUAACCUUCUGAACCAAACAAAAGGUCUUCAAAUAGCCACGUUUGUGUUUGUUAGCACUUGUCUCGUGCAAAGUAUGUGUGAAGAACAUAUCGAUCACUGCAUGUUGUGGACAAGAACUGAAUGAAUGAUGCAGAUGGAGGAUUGCAAUUGCUAUCUUUUAUGGAUACUGUAAUCCGGGGAACAUCCAACUUCUACAUUGUGAUAGAACAUCCAACGACCAUAUUGAUCAUGCAAAAAUCUACUCCUUUUUAUGUCCACAAUGUUAAAAGAAUGUUGACCUUUGUGAUGUUUGUAGUUUUGAGGAUUUUUUAUCAUGCACUUGAUGAUGUGUUUGAAAUGGGAGAUGACAAUACAGCAUACACAUGUAUCUAUUGACUAUGAAAGCAAUAAUGAUGUUUGACA